AUGUGGGAGGCGCGGAUUUCGAUGAUGACGCGCAAAGCUAGUGUUAGUUGUGUGAAGAAUUUUGUGUCGAAAUGCAGGUCCCACGCUUCCGCUCUCUGUCGUCCGCGUCGUCGCCAUCAUUUCCGCAGCUCGUCGCCUUCGCGACCCCAGCCAGUCGCGAACGCUCCGCCCGUCGCGAACGCUCCGCCCGUCGCCUUCACUUCCCCCCCGUCGCCUUCACUUCCCCCCCAUCGCCUUCACUUCCCCCCCGUCGCCUUCACUCCCCGCCCACCGUCGCCUGCUCUUCCCCGUCGCCUUCACCCCCCCCAACCCCGUGGUGACUUCCCACCCCCCGUCGCCUUCACUUUUCCCCCUCCCGUCGUUUUCACUUCCCCCGCCCCAUGGCCUUCAUUUCCCCCACCCCGUCGCCUUCACUUCCCCCCCCCCCCCCCCGUCGCCUUCUCUUCCCCCAUCCCGUCGCCUUCAACCCCCCCCCACCACGUCGCGACUUCCCACCCCCGCGCCUUCACUCCCCCCCCCCCCCUCCCGUGGCACUCGCUUCCCCCGCCUGUUGCACUUGCUUCACCACCCGUCGCCUUCACUUCCCCUCCCAUUGCCUUUCACUCUCUCCUGCUCAUUCUCUCUUCCCCGCCCGUCGCCUUCUCUACCCCUCCCAUUGCUCGUCUUUAUCCCCUCCAUUCCCCCACCCUACGCUCACUCUCUCCCCCACUGCUCACUCUCUCCCCCACUGCUCACUCUCUCCCCCACUGCUCACUCUCUCCCCCACUGCUCACUCUCUCCCCCACUGCUCACUCUCUCCCCCACUGCUCACUCUCUCCCCCACUGCUCACUCUCUCCCCCACUGCUCACUCUCUCCCCCACUGCUCACUCUCUCCCCCACUACUCACUCUCGUUCUCCCUGGACUCACUUAUCUUUCCCCCCUGUUUACUCUCUAUUCCCCUUCGUUCAACCCUUUUUCCCCACAAUCCCUCUCACCUCCCCUGUUCACACCCCUCGUUUCCCCCUGCUUACUGGCUUUCCCCUUUGCUCACCUCCUUCUCCUCCCUGCUCACCCUAUAUCCCUCUUUGCUAUCCCCAUCCUCCCCUCCCCGCAUGUCCCGCGCAUCAUGUGUCCCUCGCGCACUCCGCGCUACCGCAGCGGACUUGACUCUGCGCCUCAAGGGCGCGCCUUUCGCGGCGAUGGGCGCGCGGCUGAUCCUCUCCGCGCGCUCCGUGGAGCGCCUGGAGGCGGUGCGCACUUCCUGCUGCGGGAAGCACGCGCCGGAGGGGGUGGUGGUGCUGCCGUUCUGCCCAUCCGCGCACAAUGA